AUGAGCCAGACUGCCACCUCUGAGAGAGAAGCGGGCCCAGUUACGAAGGCCAUUCGAGUUGCCAUCAUUGGCGCUGGUGCUUCUGGUCUGGUCACGGCCAAGUACCUCCGUCAGGCCAGACAGUACUUCGGCGUACCCGAUGUCGAGGUCCGUGUCUUUGAGAAGGAGGACGGGGUGGGUGGUGUUUACAAGUACAAGGCCUACGAGGAGGCUGAGAUGGUGUCAUCAAAGUACCUCACAGCGUUCUCAGACUUUCGUGUCUCAAAAGACCUGCCCGACUUUCUGCCUACAGAGGAAUACGUCCGCUACCUCAAGGGCUUCUGCACCCACUUCGAUCUCUGGGGUGUUAUCGAAACAAAGACCGAGAUUCUUCGAGUUUCUCAUACUAGUAGUGGCCACCGCGUCUUCUUUCGCCGUAUUGAAAGGCUGAGAGCUGCAGACAGGCGAGAUGGGGAACAACAAGAAGAGUCAUGGGAUUGUGAUGCCAUCGCCAUCUGCUCCGGUCUCAACAACGUGCCGUUCAUCCCAUCCAUCGAAGGUCUUGAGAACAUGAGUUAUCUUCAUUCCUCGGAAGUUAAGGAAAGGAGACAGUUUGGGUCGAAUACAUCCAUAAUGAUCCUAGGUGCAGGGGAAACGGCAAUGGAUAUUGCCCACCUAGCCAUAACCUCGGAAGCCCAGGAAGUCGUAAUGUGCCAUAAAGGCGGGUUCUUCUGCGCAAAGAAGGUUGUGCCUUUACCAGUCGUCUUGCAGGUUUGGAAGCCGGACCCUCGGCAAAAGCCGGUCGAUACAGCAAUUGCGAGUUUUCUAGACACUGCAUAUCUUCCAGAGCGUCUCCAACACUCUAGCCUACUGUGGACCGUGUACGACAAGACGUUCAAGUGCCUGCAUUAUAUCUCCGGCGGAACGGCGGCUGGCCCGGAUCAGUGGGUCGGAGAGAUUAAGGGCGAUCGCAACAAUGUUGACUCCUUGUUUCUGGUCAAAUCUGAUCGCGCUUUACCAUAUCUUAACGAAGGAAAUCGAGCCCAAGACAUACUCUCUCGUAUAAGAGCUUUUGUGAUGAAUGUUGAGUUGAAGCCUACAGGGGGUAGAAAGAUAUUGACGGCACCUUGGCCAUCGGCUUUCCGAGAAGACGGCACUGCGGUUUUUGCAGAUAGCAAGGAGUGUGAGCACGCUGAGGCGCUGUCACAAGUCGUCAAGCCCAACUUGAUCAUCGCUGCAACUGGGUACGUGCGUCGAUUCGACUUCCUAGAAGACGACUACCCGAAACCCAACGAGUUGGAUGUACGUGGGAUCUGGAGGCGCGGCGAGGUGACUGCGGGAUUUAUCGGCUUCGUACGCCCCGGCAUUGGUGCAAUUCCACCUCUCGCUGAACUGCAAGCCCAACUGUGGGUUCUCGAACUCCUCCGGCACAAGUAUCCUCAAGAGAUGGCACUGUCUACCGCUGAUUCCGACAAAGGAGAGUCGAACAACGCCGUCCCUCACUAUGAGGUUGACUAUGCCCUCAAGGCUCGAGGCGGACAUGACUUGUUUAAGAGUAAGCACGGCGUAGAACAGGAGUCUUAUGCUUAUCAACUUGCUCUCGAUAUGGGUAGCGCUCCAACCUUUUCUUUUAUGAGACGUCAGGGCUUCAAAGCAUUAUACACGUGGGCAAUGGGAUCGAAUUUCAAUACAAAGUUUCGACUCAUCGGACCUUGGAGAUGGACAAAGGGCGCUCUCCCAAUAAUGCGCGGCGAGCUGUUUGAUGUUGUCAAGCAAACAGGGGGCGGUGUUUUCUUCACAACCUACACUCUUCUUCCUCUCUUACUAUUUGGCUAUCUUACCCUGCUACUCCAGGCAACAGCCGGCAUGUUGAGACUGGCGGGAAUGAAAGAACGGGCCAACAGGGUUCUGGGCUCAGGGAAUAUCCCACGUCGCGAAGGCGAUGACCUCCAAGAAUGA